AACGAAUCGUGUGCCACUCGAAUUCUCUCCCCCACUCUAUUUAUAUAUUUCACUCAAAUUUCUCUCUUCACAUUCACCAUUUUCACUCAAAUUUCUCACUCUUCUUCCAAUCUCUCUCUCUCUCUCUAAAACAAUGUUUUCUCUCUCUAGAAUGCAAGGGGCUUGUCUUGGGCCAGCCUUGGGCUUGGGCUUGAAUUCUUCAUCAUCAUCAUCAUCAUCAUCUUCUUCUUCUUCUUUUUCUGCUAUGAGUGUUAUGGUUUCGAAAAGACAGUGCGGAAUGGUGGUGGUUUCGGCCGCGAUAAGCGGUGAUUUGUCGCUGAGAGGGGUGGUGUUUCAACCAUUUGAGGAGGUAAAGAAGCAAGAUCUGAUGGUCCCAAUCGCUCCCCAUAUUUCGCUUGCUCGCCAAAGGUUUGUGGAGGAUUCUGAAGUUGCGAUCAAUGAACAGAUCAAUGUGGAAUAUAAUGUGUCCUAUGUAUAUCACGCCAUGUUUGCCUACUUCGACAGGGACAAUGUUGCUCUUAAGGGCCUUGCCAAAUUUUUCAAGGAGUCAAGUGAAGAAGAAAGGGAACACGCUGAAAAGUUCAUGAAGUACCAGAACAUACGCGGAGGAAGAGUGAAACUACAUUCUAUAUUGUUGCCCCUUUCUGAAUUUGAUCAUGUUGAGAAGGGUGAUGCAUUGUUUGCAAUGGAACUGGCGUUGUCCUUGGAGAAGUUAACAAAUGAGAAACUGCUGAGCUUGCAUGCUGUGGCCGAUCGAAACAAUGAUCCUCAAAUGUGCGAGUUUAUUGAAAGUGAAUUUUUAACAGAGCAGGUUGAAGCUAUAAAGAAAAUCGCGGACUAUGUCACUCAGUUGCGGAUGGUUGGGAAAGGACACGGGGUGUGGCACUUCGAUCAGAUGCUCUUACAUGAGGGUGAUGCAGCAUUUUGAAGAUUUCUACUAUGAUUUUCAUUUUUUGUCUAAAAAUCGUAUCAUUAUCGCUUAAGGUGUUGGUAGUAAGUAAGUUUGCGUAUUAGUGCUUAGAUGAACACACAAUCAGCUCAGCUCAAACUCAGAAGGAGUAAACUUAGUUAUUGGUGGAAAAUAAAUAUAAUGUAAUAUCAGACUAUCAGUUAGGACCUUAUUUUCAUGGAGUAUAAGUAGCUUCUAAUCA